AUGGCGGAAGUUUCUCCAGAGCCCAACUUACCUUCUGGUUAUGACGAUGAAUUCGUAGAGCCAGUAAAUGUAGAUUUGCGAUGUGGAAUAUGUCGGUUGCCGAUGAGGGAUCCGAUGAUUACUCGUUGUGGCCACCAUUUUUGCCGCGAAUGCAUCGAGGAGCAUUUACGAAGGGAAAAACAUAAAGGUCGGAAUGGCUUUUGCCCUGUAGACCGAGAAGCCGUCGAUCUAGAAAAGGACAUGUUUCCAAAUAAAGAGAAGGAGAGAAAGAUCUUAUCUCUUGCCGUAAGGUGUGGUAGUGAAGACUGCGAAUGGGCUGAUGAACUAAAAUUCAAGGAGCGGCAUUUGGAGGAGUGUCCUUUUGGAGUGAUUCCAUGCCCUGACUGUAAAGUUACCAUGGUACGGAAAGAUCUUGAUGGACAUAGCGCCACUCAGUGCCCAUGGAGAAUGGUACACUGUGAUUUCUGCCAGAAGCAAUAUCCGGAUUGCAGUAUGGAGGCGCAUCUCGACAGCUGUGACAGAUAUCCAGUACAUUGUGAGCAAUGUAACGCGACAGCUUCCCGAGAGAUGCUUCAAGAUCACAUGGAAAACUACUGCGGGAAAACCGAACUUCCCUGUUACUUUGCUAAGCUGGGCUGCAAAAAACAGGUUCCACGAGAAAACCUGGACGAUCACCUCCUCCAGUCUCAGAAGGAACAUCUCAACUUACUUGUCGACAAGGAAGACUUCCUUCAGAACCAAAUUGCUACUCUCCAAGAGCAAGGCAAAGCUAAUGAAGCAAAAAUUCAGAAGAUGAAUGAGAAGCAACAUGCCUUGGAGAGAGAAAUGGAUGAGAAAGAAAAAAAAGGCUUGGAGAGACAAAUAUAUUGA